AUAACUACCCUUAUCCUCCACCGGUGUUUGCGCGGAGCGACUAGGGGCACUUCCGUCCGUUUCGCACCCCCGAAUAAACAAGGCGCAGGAGCAGCAGCAGCAGCAGGUUCUUGUCCCCUUCCAUCCGUCCCAGUCCCACCGCCACCGUCGCACCGCAUCCCUUCUCCCCAGCUCGCCGCCGCCGCGCCCACGAUCGACAUGGCGAAGCUGGGGCGGUAAGCAAGGGCUUCUCCGCUCAUCGCCUUCGGCAUCCAUUCUAAUUUCUUGGUCUGGUGCGGUCUGCGGGAUUGCUGUUUCGUCUUCUUUUUCCCCCCUUUUGAAAUGGAGGCGUGGUGGUUGGGUUUGGUUUGGUGGAUCGUUUCGUUUCUUCCUGGAACUUUUGCUUUUUUGCUGUGAAAAAAAGGAGGGGCGCGGCCGUCUUCUUCUUCCUCCUCCACCUCCCAUCCACGUCCGAAAAUCCCGUCCUCCUCCGGUUUCUCCCGGCAUACCAAGCCCAAAUUCCCGGCACACCGUCAUCGUCGCCCGGCGGCGGGAGAAGUUAAAGCAGUUGAAAACAUUUCCGAUACAGCUGGCAAGCUUUACUUCCGAUAACAUUUGUGCUUAUCAGGAUGAGCACCGCCAAGGUCAUGAUAACAUACAAGAGGAAGCGUGCUGCCACACAUGCCCAUACAGAAGACGACACAGUUCUUGACUCAUCUCCUGCUGCCUCAAGCAAUGUGGCUGUCAGCAGUCUACAACUUAAGCCUGAGGGCCCUGCUGAGACUGCCGUGAUAAAUGAAUAUAAUCAUAUUACUCCUAAAAUGCAGCAGUCUUUCUCCACGUUUCAACAAAACAUCAAAGAAGAACGUGAACCAGAGAAAGGACAUGAUCAGCUAUAUGAAUCAUCACCGUGGAAAGAACAACCUGAGAUUUGUUCUGCCACUAUUGCCUCAACCGCAGAGGCGCAUAGCAAUAAAUCACAAUGCAUUGAUGGCACAAAUAGUCAAACCCCUGUUUCAAGUUCUCUGUGUGGCAACAUGCUUGCUGAUAGGAUGAUUAACCAGACAAAAGAUUCAAAUAUCUCUGCCCCUGUGGAAAUAAAUUCUCCUACGGGGAUGGAAAAUGCUGUCGCCCCUGGCCAAUGUAAGAGCAGGUUUAGUCCUCUGCUCACCUUUCGCAGGCGAGUUAAGAAGAAAACAAAUUUGGAUGAACCAGCAGAAGAAAUUUGUUCACUUGACAACGACAAACAGUGUUCAACACUGACAUGCAGCCCACCACGCUCAUCACAGGAUGCUACAUCAUUACUAAAACAUACUGCUCCAAACCCUUUGGAUAUUGAGGAUAAGGUAGGUAGAUUGAAAAAUACUGGACCUUCUACAGAAGCUGAACACUCACCUGAACAAGAAAGUUCCCACGUCGUAAAAUCCUCAGUUCAACAUGUGGUUCCACAGAUUGCUCUAGAUGUAAACCAAAACAUAAUUCUGGAAGAUGAUGUUACACCAAUGUCGAACCAAAAGAUGUCCUUGGAAGAUGAUGUUACACCAAUGUCGAAGUUCACUGGUGUGCAAGAGGUCAGUGGGCAAGAUACGCCAGUGGAGGACUUCAACAGAACAUCACCAAAUACUAUUGAAGUGCCAAAAGUUAUUGAUUUGCAGGGGAAGGGACAUUGUACUGGGGAAACUACUUCUCUGCAGUCUCCAAGACAAAAAGUUGAUGCCAGUUGGUUGAAACGGACCAAUAAAUCUGUGGCAGAAGAUGUUCCAGAAUCUCAAGGUUCAACAAAAAAUAUUCCAAUAAUUCUCUUGGAUGAUGAUAAUGAUGAUAGGGGCAAGGAGCUCGAAAAUUCAGAGGCCCUCGAUCAAGGGCUCCAUAGUCAAAACAAAAGAACUUUUGGGAAGAUUGACCUGAACUGUACUGAAUUAAGACAACAGGGACUUCUCUGUUUAGAUGACUCAACAAUUCAAAGGCUGCCAGAUCUGGAUCUAGCUGUCAAUGCUCGAAAGCAAAUGUCUCGACCGAUUGAAAGGCUGUUUUUCACAGAGGAGAAAGAUACCAUCCGUGGCAAACAAGAGCAUCAUGAAGAAAGCUCAACCAUGCACGCCCCAUACUCAAAUUUCUUUGAUCUGGGUCCACCGUGGAACACCGGGAGUUUGAAGGGACCAAAAGGCUUGCCUUCAGAAGUAAAGUUUGGAAUAAUGGACAGGGCUCCUGAGUUCAGUCUAGACCUCAGGCUGGAUAGUUUCACAGACAACAACAGUGUGGCUGCCCUGAGGAGCGACAAGUUGUUUCUCGGAAGCACCUCCAGCACAUCUCGUAAGUUAACAGAAAAGCUUGGCAUGUACUCCUACAAGAGGCAGUCGGCUCCGUGGUCAGAAGAAGAGCUGGACUUUCUUUGGAUCGGGGUUAGGAGGUACGGCGUGAAUAACUGGAAUGCAAUGCUGAGGGACAGUCGGCUGCGGUUUUCAAUCUCAAGGAUGCCCGAGGACCUUGCUAAGCAAUGGGACAAGGAGCAGAAGAAACUUGUGGGUCCUGCGCAAGCUGUUGGUUAUCUUGGUAGAGCUUCGUGCUCUGGAUGCUCAAAGUCUGCAUCUGUCGGGGCCCAAGCCCAAACGGACCUUUCAUUGGGCGAAUAUUACCUUGGUAGAGCUUCGUGCUCUGGAUGCUCCAAGUCUUCAUUUCUCGGGGCCCAGACGGACCUUUCAUUGGGCGACGUCUACCUUCGCAGUGGCCGUGCUCCAGAGAGAGGCCACCAGCAUCAUUUACCAACAAGCCUGGGCGUGGGCGGCUUCCCUGGGGCUUCUUCAUCGUAUGGAAGAAGUGGCGGCAGGCGCAGAAGGGCGUCCAAGUCGUACUACUACGAGAACAAGUCGGCUUGGUUCCAGGAGCCACCAUCGGACAGGGUGCCCCAGCAACCCGGCGGCCGAAUGGGCCCUGAGAUGUGGCCGAGCAUCAUGGUGGUGCCACCGCCAACGGCAGAUCCACCGAGGGACGACGACGUGAAGCCCCAUGUCCUCCUCCCUGAUGCUACCCUGAAGCGCGCGAUAAGGAGGAGUGCGGACUGGGGGUCGUUCAGCAGGAGGCUGUUCCUGUCCGGCGAUCUCAACGGGGGGGCUGCAGGCGCCCCAGUACCAAGCGACACCGGCGCGUCAUCCGAAGAGACAGUGUCUGACAGCUGAGCUUCAGUUUAUUUGACAUGUCCCAUUCCCAUUCCCAUUCUUAUUGGAUGUUGAUGAAGCUGCUGGCAUGUUCUCUGUAAUGUCAUGGUUGCCUAGUACUCACUAGUAUUGCAUCUUGUAUAAAGUCUCUCUCUCUCUCUCUCUCUCUCUCUGUCCUCUAUAACAGGCUACGAGUCCACUCAUGCAUGGUGGUUAGAUCGAACAAA